AGAUUCGAGUCAAGAAUAGAAAUUCGCUACAAGCUCAAAGGUCAAAAAAGCAGCUGUUCCAUGUGGAUAGGGCGCAUGUUCAUGCUGCAAUGUGUCGCUACUGUCGUAUAAAAGUGCAGUAGUUUUACCAUAGUUUGACUUUUCUUCAUUUUUUUUAAUUUUAUUUGAAUAUUAAUAUAAAUUUGUGUCAGAUAGUUGUAGAGGUUAUUUUUGGUGUAGGAAAUGGCAGGUCCAGAGUUGCUGCUCGACUCUAGUAUUCGCCUGUGGGUCGUUUUGCCCAUAGUCUUCAUCACAUUCUUCGUCGGAGUUUUGCGGCAUUACGUCACUCGAUUGAUUCAUAACGACAAGAAAGUGGAUCUGCAGCAGGUGUCCGACAGCCAGGUGUUGCUGCGCAGCCGCAUCCUGAGAGAAAAUGGAAAAUAUCUUCCCAAACAGUCAUUUGCCAUGCGAAAACACUAUUUCAACAACCCUGAGACUGGAUUCUUCAAGAAGGUCAAAAGAAAAGUGGUCCCCAAAAACCCCAUGACUGACACCAGCAUGUUGACGGACAUGAUGAAAGGGAACCUGACCAAUGUGCUGCCAAUGAUUCUGAUUGGAGGAUGGAUCAAUUGGGCCUUUUCUGGUUUUGUCACAACUAAAGUUCCCUUUCCUCUGACUCUGAGAUUCAAGCCUAUGUUACAGAGAGGAAUUGAGCUGAUCUCUCUAGAUGCAUCCUGGGUCAGUUCAGCAUCAUGGUAUUUUCUCAAUGUGUUUGGCCUCAGAAGCAUGUACACCCUCAUUCUUGGACAAGACAAUGCUGCAGAUCAAUCAAGAAUUAUGCAGGAUCAAAUGACGGGAGCCGCAAUGGCGAUGCCUCCUGAUCCUAAUAAAGCAUUUAAGAGCGAGUGGGAAGCUCUGGAGAUUGUGGAGCACAGAUGGGCCCUUGAGAACGUAGAGGAGGAACUCAUGUGUCAGGAUCUGAACUUCAGAGGACUCUUUAGUUAAGAACUACAGUAAAAACAUCCCUGUUUUGAUGAGAUGUGGUUCUUAACACAGGAUUCAUAGACUCCAGUGUUCCUGAUAGGGUUUCGUUUGUUUGAAUGAAUGUGAAUGUCCUGCAAAGCAUCUACAAUUUGUUUUUGUGAACUGUGAGUGUUGCACAUGAACAUUUAAUUUCUUGUAAAACUGUGUAGAUCUACAUUUUGCCAGAGAUGUUCGUAUUCAGAAUUUCUCAUGUCUUAAAUGUCUGUUUAUGUGUGAAGUGAUGCCUUGAAAUAUAUUUUUGGGUUAGCUGUUUCUAAAGUGUUCUUAAAAUGUCAGUUUAGUUUUCAUCUUUGAUUUAAACGGUCUCUAUCCGGCAGAUUUCUUCUAGUGUGGUUUGUAAUUAUUAUAACAAGUUCUUUAUUUACAAGCCAUUAUUUCAGUCAGAGAGAUAUUAUAACAGCAAAUUGAAUGUCAAACUGAUACUAUUUUGGUAACUGUACAAGAGAUAUUUAAUAAACAUUAUAUGGAACCCUAAGGUGAGGAGGAAA